CAGAUAAUGUUAUAUCUAGGAAUGUGCAUGCAUGUGUCAGACACUAUGCUCAAAAGUCUUCCUUUCUGUAUUUCAAAUGACUAACUCCCUUUUCUCUUUGACAAUUCACACCAAUAAACUCCCCCAUUUUCCUUUUUCUCUACUGUGAAACACCAUUGAAAUCCCAAUGCAAAAGCUCACUAGUACUUCAUAAAGAACUCAACUUUUCACUCAAGUCUGAAAGAUCAUAAAAUUCAGAAAAAUGGGUGUUAAUUAUUUUCUGUUAACUUUUAUUUUUAUUCUGUUUCUUGUUGAAUUUUCUUGCAUAGAACCUGUUUGUGGAAAUGCUGAGGUGAGAGCUUUAAUGGAGAUUAAAUCAGCUUUGGACCCAGAAAGCAAGAAACUUUCUUCAUGGACAAGUGAUGGUGAUCCAUGUAGUGGUUCUUUUCUUGGUGUCAUUUGUAAUGAACAUCAUAAAGUAACAAAUAUUACAUUGACAAACGGAGGACUUACUGGAAAAUUGUCACCAGCAAUUGCUGAGCUGAAGUGUCUAUCUGGUCUUUACUUGCAUUAUAAUUCUUUAACAGGGGAAAUACCAAAGGAACUUGGGAAUUUGACUGAGUUGAAUGAUCUUUAUCUCAAUGUGAACAAUCUUUCUGGUAUUAUACCACCAGAACUUGGAAAGAUGGCUAGUCUACAAGUGCUGGACUUGAGUUGUAACCAGUUGACAGGGAGCAUACCAACAGAGAUUGGGUUCUUGAAGAAAUUGAGUGUUCUUGAAUUGCAACAUGACAGGUUGACAGGUGAAAUUCCAGUGAACUUAGGAAACCUCGGGACCUUGAAAAGGUUAUAUCUGGGAUUCAAUCAGCUAUCUGGUCCGAUUCCAUUAAAAUUAGCUGCUUCUCCCCAGUUGGAAGCUCUAGAAGUACAAAAUAACACCCUCUCUGGAGUUGUUCCUCCAGCUCUAAGGAGACUGAAUGAAAAAUUCAAUUUUGAAAGCAAUCCUGGUUUAUGUGGUUCUGGAUUUACUUCAUUGAGAGUUUGCACUUUCUGGGAUCAUGUCAAUGUGAAUCAAGGUGGUUCUGAUUUACCUGAUUCCAAGAAUAACGGUGUCCCUAAAGAUGUCCCAGGAGCUGCUCAUAUUAGUCCGUUGCAUUGUAAUGGAACUCAUUGUUCAAGAUCAUCAAAAUUUCCUCAAGCAAUUAUUGUUGCUUCAGUGAUUACAGUCACUGUAACUUUGGUAAUAGCUGUAGUUUUCGGUAUAUUCAGACGAAGAAGACUUAAACAAAAAGUAGGAAACACGAGUGAUGCAUCGGAUGAUAGGCUUAGCACUGAUCAGGCAAAGGAAAUAUACAAGAGAAGCCCUUCUCCGCUACUUACUGUUGAGUACUCAAAUCGUUGGGACCCUAUGACCCCUGAAAAGAGUUGCAACAGCAUGUACAAUGAGUUCUUAAAUGGAUUCAAGUUCAAUUUGGAAGAGGUUGAGUCUGCAACUCAGUAUUUUACAGAUUUAAAUCUAUUGGGACGGAGCAAUUUCUCUGCUGUCUAUAAAGGAAUUUUAAAAGAUGGAUCUAUAGUAGCUGUAAAAAGCAUCAGUGUGACAAGUUGUAAGUCGGAGGAGACCGAGUUCAUGGAAGGAUUGAGCUUAUUAACCUCCCUGAAGCAUGAAAACCUUGUCAAGCUAAGAGGUUUCUGUUGUUCAAAGGGAAGAGGUGAAUGCUUUUUAAUAUAUGACUUUGCCUCUAAAGGGAACCUCUCUCAGUAUCUUGAUGUUGAUGUAAACAGAAACCAUGUUCUUGACUGGUCCAAAAGAGUUUCAAUCAUCAAGGGGAUUGCAAAAGGACUAGGAUAUCUGCACAGCUCCGAACCAGACAAACCUUCCAUGGUUCAUCGCAACAUAUCCGUGGAAAAAGUCCUCCUGGAUCAACAGUUCACUCCACUAAUAUUGGACUGUGGUUUACUAAAGCUACUUGCUGAUGAUGUUGUUUAUUCUGCACUUAAGGUCAGUGCUGCACUUGGAUAUAUGGCUCCUGAAUACAUUACAACUGGCCGAUUCACAGAAAAGAGCGAUGUAUACGCAUUUGGAGUAAUUAUCCUUCAAGUACUCUCUGGUAAAGGACUUCUGGACUACUCAAUGAGACUUGCAGCUGAAUCUUGUAACUUUGAGAACUUCAUUGACCCUAAUCUCAAGGGAACAUUCUCCGUAAGUGAAGCAACUAUGCUAACUAAACUUGCAGUAAGUUGCACUCUUGAGGAUCCAGAUUGCAGGCCAAGUAUGGUUUCAGUAAAUGAAGAAUUGAACAAGUCUAGUGGUGGUUGAAAAAGGAAAAAAUGAAGUCCGUCUUUUUUGUCCGCGUUGAAAUUUGUUGAUGAUUGUUAACCAUAGGGAACAAGUGCCAUAGCAUUAGAGCUGCAGUUUUCUAUCUAUUGUAUUAUGCAACAUCACUUGAUUUUCUGUAUAUAAUGAGGCAGAUUGAACAAAUUCUUUGGAAGAUUCCCCUUGGCGUCUUUGAUUGUUGUAGCUCAGAAGAGAUAAAGAGGGAGCUUAUGAACUUGUACCAUUAUUUGAUCUUUUGACAGUAUUCUCAGAAGAGAUAAAGAGGGAGCUUAUGAACUUGUACCAUUAUUUGA